CGUUUGACAGCUGUCAAAUCGGCGAAAAACACAUCAACUCGGAGAAAGUUUGCAAACAUUUACCACGACGCGGUGGACGAAAAUUUUGUGAAAAUCACUGUUGAAACACACGUUCGAUCACACAAUGGCCGAUGUGCUGGAUAUCUACAACCACGAGGAGUUUGAGGUGGACGAAGAUGGCGACCAGGGAAUCGCACGGCUGAAGGAGAAGGCCCGAAAACGGAAAGGACGCGGUUUCGGCAAUGAAAGCAUUCCCCGCGAAACGAUUGACUACGAGCGCAUGCAGGACGAUGAAGAGGAAGCGGAACCGGGCCCACAGCGAUCGGUCGAAGGAUGGAUUCUGUUCGUGACAUCGAUUCACGAGGAAGCGCAGGAGGACGACAUACAGGAAAAGUUCUGCGAGUUCGGUGACAUCAAGAACAUUCACCUGAAUCUGGACCGUCGGACCGGCUUCCUCAAGGGUUAUGCGUUGGUGGAGUAUGAAACGUACAAGCAGGCCCUAGCGGCGAAGGAAGCACUGAACGGUUCGGAGGUGCUUGGACAGACGAUUUCCGUCGACUGGUGCUUCGUCAAAGGGCCAAAGAAGCUUAAGAAAUCUUCCGACCGGCGUCGGCGAUAGGAACAUUAGAAUCCGGAAACCUGCUAAUUAUCGUUUAAGUAGGUAACACAUCCAUGCAUUACAAAACCACAAGAACUCACCUAGCACGAAUCGUUCGACGGUUGCGUUGUACACCCCAAACACAAAGAAGAGAGAAUGUAAUAUUCAAGUGUAAAAUUUGAAUGAAAUAAAUUAAUCAACUAUCUAACAUACCUCGUAUGGGAGAAUGUA